UAUGAAGAAACAGAGGCAAACGCCACCAUCAAUACCAGACACAUCUAACUGGUAUGGGAUUACUCCUCCAAUCAGUGAAGCUCUGCCUGAAGAGGCUGACUUGGUCCGGACCAAAAAAUUGGUUGAUGUGCUUAAAUCAUGUGGUAUAUUUGAGGAUGACUUGGAGCUUCAGCACAGAGAGAAAGUUGUCAAAAAACUGGAGUCCCUCUUUAAGGACUGGCUCAAAGAAAUGUGUGAAAGCAUGAACUUACCGGAAGUGGUAACAGCAAAGGUUGGAGGCAAGAUCUUCCCCUUUGGCUCCUAUCAUUUGGGAGCUCAUACAAAAGGCGCUGAUAUUGACGCCCUCUGUGUGGGUCCUGGAUUUCUGGAGAGGAAGCAAUUCUUCACCUCUUUCUAUGAGAAGCUGAAAGCUCAGAAGGAGGCCAAAGACCUACGGGCUGUUGAAGAGGCAUUUGUCCCAGUCAUCAAACUUUCCUAUGAGGGGAUUGAGAUUGACUUAGUCUACGCCCGGGUGGCACAGAGGAGCGUUCCUCAAAAUAUAGACAUCCUCGAUGACAAUUUUGUGAAGGGCAUCGAUACACAUUGUGUCAGGAGUCUCAAUGGCUACAGAGUUACAGAGGAGAUCCUUAGGAACGUGCCAAACGUUUUUACUUUCCGGCUGGCUUUGAGAGCCAUAAAGCUGUGGGCCAAACGGCGUAACAUUUACUCUAACAUGCUUGGCUUCCUGGGAGGCGUCUCAUGGGCCAUACUAGUGGCUAGAAUUAGCCAGGCCUAUCCAAAUGCUUCAGCAUCCACCCUGGUGACCAAAUUUUUCAAGGUCUACAAUAUGUGGGAGUGGCCAAUCCCGAUUAUGCUGAAGAGAAUAGUGGAUCAGGGCUUUCAGCUCCCUGUGUGGAAUCCAAGGGUGAAUCGAGCUGACCGCGCCCACCUGAUGCCCGUCAUCACCCCAUCAUAUCCACAGCAGAACUCCACCUGCAAUGUGACUCGCUCCACCUUAGCUAUCAUACAGGAGGAGAUAAAGAGAGGACACACGAUCACUGAAGAGAUCCUGCAAAACAAAGAAAACUGGUCUAAACUGUUUGAAACUUCAGACUUUUUGGAGCAGUACAAGCAUUACGUUAUGCUGGAACUAACUUCAGCUACAAAGGAGCAGCAGCUAGAAUGGGUCGGCCUGUUGGAGUCUAAAAUCAGACACCUGGUGGGAAACCUGGAGAGGAAUGAGCUUGUUUCUCUGGCCCACGUUAAUCUGCAGUCAUUCCCUGGACCCCGAAAUAGUGAUGGACAGUAAGGACACGUGAUUUUAUGAAUAUAUUUUAAUUUUUUGCCAGAGGCUUCUUUGAGAAGCCAAAAGUGGCAAUAUCUUUAAUGUUGGUCUUUGCCUAUUUUUAUUCACAUGCUGCACAUUAAUUGUCAGGCUGC